GUUUUCGGUGCAGAGUUCCGCCUUUUCUGGGACCAGCCGCUGUUGCAGAAGUUGAAAAUCCUGAGGAUCGUCCAUGUGAGAAACACAGCUGCCUUUUUCUGUUGGUUCCUAUGUCGGAAGGAUUGCGUAUGGCUCGCCUGGGCGCAUCGCCAGCAACUGGACUUUGUAUCUCACCUCACCUGAUCUCGGUAUAGAGACAUGUAACCAGGAGAAUGGCCAUGUAAACCAGCGAGGCCCACCGGAUUGCCGCAAGCCAGCCACCUCGCGACGACCUGAAAAAAGUCCCGGUCAAUAAAGCAACAGGUGUGAGGUGGUGCAUGCUGCAGGAGGGAAAUAAUUCCCAGCUUUGGAGAGCUGGGUUGCAACAGCUUGCCGCCCACUGCCGCUCUGGAGCUUAUAUUCCGCAGAUUCCGCCCAUCCCAGCCUCACCACCCCCAGCUUCAGGUUUCUCUUCUUGGACGGAAUCAGGAAGCACUCGUUCAUUCUGUCGCCUGAGACAAAGUCGCUCGUUCGCCAUACCGUCAAACAAAAACACGCAGUAGAUGUCACAGACGUCACCUGAAUCCUGGCACCGAAAACGUUUUGUGCCGAUCCAGAAGAAUCUGGGAUCCCCUCGUUGCUCUCUCCCACCCUGAACACCCUCAUCAAGGGUUCUCGCGUUAUUGUUGGUUUCAUCCGCCGUGCGACCUCUGCCUUGGACCCCACCGCCGCUGAGGAUCAUCAUACGCCCUAUGCGAAAUCCAUAUCUGUAUUCACAGGGCAUUCCAAUAUUCGGACUCGAAGAGAAGACAGUGCUGGAGUGGAGGGUUGCUAUCAACCUGAGGUGGAAAUUCCCCAUCCAAAAAAAGCCACUGCGGCACCUGCGUCGAAUCAUCUCGGCCCGUUUGGAGGCUGGUCGGAACGCUUGUUUCCAAGCCAUAGGCGGCCAAUAGCGGGCUGCAGCGCUGUGCACCUGCUAGCCUGCCAGAGCCUAGCGCUGGGAUUCAAGGGUGGGCUCCCCGAAUCGAACCUGCAUCGGUCACCCAGAGCUCGUGGUUUUCACAUCAAUUUUGUUUUUUUCUUUAAUCUUGCCAGUUCAGAGGCUCGACGGCGAUAGGGAACAAGCAGCUUGGUGAUACUAUUACGAGUAGAUGCCCAGCCUCUGUCCGGCUCUAACUACCGUCCCCACCAAAACGAAAAAAAGUCUGCCAGCGCCGAUUCAUGCCCAGCGUUUUGUCGCUGUCGCUAUCGCGCCCCGUCAAAGUCCGUUCCCUCCCGCCUCCGUCUCCCUUGACCUCGAGCUGCCAAGGACCGCACCGCAUCGAGAAGCGCAACCUGCCAUAACGCACAUCCCCAAAGGCAGGAGUCGUCCGCCAACCGACCCUGCUGGGAUGACGAGGCACUCAUCAGGAUCCUCCGAAGACGGUGACACUUUGCACGUCGAGGUUCCUCAUGUCAGUUCGUCCAACCAAUCCACCCUGAGGCCACAGGCCGCCGCACAGCCUUCCACCUCAACUAGCCCAGACAGCACCGCCAGCCAUCACCACCAACGUCGCAGCAGCGUUGACCCGCGAACCUCGUCCUCGAUCAGUCGGAGGUCAACCAGCAUCAAUUGGAAGCCUACCGAGACCAGGAAUGGCUCACUAGAGAAGUCCCCAUCGCCGACGCGCCCAACAACCCCCUCUCCACUCGGCCUGAUACCGACCGCGAAUGGGUCACAUGCAAAGAAGAGAGAGAUGGAAAAGGCGCACGAGGCCAUGUUUGCCGUCCGGCAUCAGCGAUGGCGAAGCCCGUGGGCAAUUGGCCUUCUUGCGCUUGUCGCAUCCAUCACCGGUAUCGCCUUGCUGCUGACGGUGGUUCACUCGUCGGUAACACGACAAAUUGAUCCAAAGGGCUGUCGAAUGUCUUACUUGCGCCCGUCAUACGCCAAGCUCAACGAGUUCGACACGGAGCACACCCGUCUCGCAAGCAAAUAUUCGCUAUACAUGUAUCGCGAACAGGGAAUUGACCAUGACACAAGGGUACGAGGAAUCCCCGUUCUCUUCAUUCCUGGCAAUGCCGGGAGCUACAAGCAAGUCCGACCCAUUGCCUCUGAGGCAGCAAACUACUUCCACGAUGUCCUGCAGCAUGACCCCGAGACAUACAACGCCGGCAUCAGAAGCCUCGACUUCUUCACCGUCGAUUUCAAUGAAGAUAUCACGGCGUUCCACGGGCAGACCCUCCUCGACCAGGCCGAAUACCUCAAUGAGGCGAUUCGCUACAUCCUCUCGCUCUACCUCGAUCCGCGCGUUUCCGACCGAAACCCUGAUCUUCCCGACCCGACCUCGGUGAUAGUGCUGGGCCACUCUAUGGGAGGAAUUGUUGCGCGGACAAUGCUCAUCAUGCCCAACUACCAAACGAACUCGAUCAACACCAUCAUCACCAUGUCGGCGCCUCAUGCCCGGCCGCCUGUGUCCUUUGACAGCCAGAUCGUCAAGGCAUACAAAGACAUCAACGAUUAUUGGAGGCAUGCCUACUCGCAACAGUGGGCCAACAACAACCCCCUCUGGCAUGUGACGCUUGUUUCGAUCGCGGGCGGAGGACUCGAUACCGUGGUCCCUUCGGAUUAUGCGAGCGUCGAGUCGUUGGUUCCGGACACGCAUGGAUUUACUGUCUUCACAUCGACCAUUCCCACAGUAUGGACGAGCAUGGAUCAUCAGGCGAUUCUGUGGUGCGACCAGUUCCGCAAGGUGUUGGUUCGGACGCUAUUUGACCUCUCCGAUGUGCACAGGGCAUCCCAAACGAAACCGAGGGCGGAGAGAAUGCGCGUCUUCAAAAAGCGGCUGCUUACCGGCAUGGAAACUGUUGCUGAGAAGACGGCGCCUCGAUCUGACCCGACGACUUUGCUCACCGUGGAGGACAAUUCUGACACCAUCAUUGCUCAGGGGGAGCGGUUAGUUUUGCGGCAAUUGGGAACCACUGGCAGGGUUCGCGCCCACCUCAUGACCAUCCCACCUCCCGGGCCUCCCGAAGUCAAGCGCUUUACUUUGAUGACCGAUAUCAAGCUCGACCAGCCUGGCGAGAACGGGAAGCUCGAAGUCAUGUUUUGCAGCGUUGUCCCAUCGCAACCGGGCCAAACCGGGGCAGGAUUUCCAAGCCAAAUCGACCUUUCCAAGGGUACUGCAGGAACUACCCGGCUGGCUUGCCGAAGUGCUGCCCCAGAUGUCAUUCCACUCCCUGGAUCAAACAAGACAACCGCCUUUCCAUUCUAUAGGGACCUAGAGAAGCAGGUCCUGCCCUUCUACUACCUCGAGUACGACCUGGACGACAUUGCUGAACAACAGUUCAUUGCAGUGGUGGAGAAGGCAACGAAUCCCACCCAAGGUUUCGUGAUUGCCGAGUUCAGCGAGCAGUCGCAGUCACACCAAACAGCACAGAUCGGCCUUCAACGUCUGCUCACCUCGGGCUUGAAGUUCACCAUGCCUGCUGCACGACCGAUGGUGACGGAAACCAAGGUGCCAUCCUUGCAGUCGAGCUUGCUAGCCUACAACUUGCGCCUGAACAGCCACUCAUGUGGCAACAAAGAGGAGCUCUUCGCCCCGAUGGUGAGGCAGUAUCUCGUGGAGCCGUUUGAGUCGAAGUAUUUUGUCAAUGUACGCGAUGCGCCGAUCAGCCUUCACGGUGUUGCUCCCUACGUCCCUCCGCCUCUUGCCAAGAGGUCCGCCAGCGAGGAUGGACUGAGCUUUCAGUUUUGGACCGAUCCUACUUGCGAUUCCAGCAUUGAGGUUGAGCUUGAGGUGGAUUUCAGUGGUAGUCUCGGCAAGCUGUAUAUGCGCUACCGUACCGUCUUUGCUGCGUUCCCGCUGCUCGUGGUGGCGCUCGUGUUGCGCAAACAGUUCCGCGUCUACGAUUCCACGGGUGUGUUCAUCACCUUCACAGAAAGCUUGGAUCUUUGCCUCAGGCAGUCCAUUCCGUUGAUGCUUGCGUCGCUCACCAUGUUGACCGUGGCCACGGCCAACCCGUACCCAGCUGGCAGCGCAAGCUUCUGGCAUUGGAACAAGAGCACAUCUUCGCUGGUCGAUUUCCACCUCAACGACUAUUUGAUCGGUACUCAGGACCCGAUGUUUCUGUUCUUGAUUCCCAUGAUUGGAAUAAUAUGCGUCGGAGUGUGCACCGUCUUCAACUACAUCACACUUGCCCUCACGCACUUGUUGAGCAGCCUCUUCAACCUGUUGGCAUUCCGCCCUGCGUGGGUUCGCAAUGAUGAACGCAAGAAACAAGGAGGCGCCGGGUUUCUGUCGUCAUCACCCAGGCGCAGAAUGAUCACGACAGCCGUCUUGCUAUUCCUCGUGUCUACAGCCAUCCCGUACCAGUUUGCCUAUCUGGUUGCCUGCCUGGUUCAACUGACAACCACAGUACGCGCGCAGCGAAUCGCCCAGGAACUCCAGUCAGCAGCCAACUCGAGCUUUUACAACUACGUCCAUUCGAUUCUCAUCCUCAUGCUCUGGAUCCUUCCCAUCAACCUGCCAACGCUCGUGGUCUGGAUACACAACCUGGCUGUUCAUUGGCUCACGCCCUUCACCUCGCACCACAAUGUAUUGUCCAUCAUGCCAUUCAUCGUCCUUGUGGAGACCUUAACCACGGGCAAGAUGGUUCCUCCGGUCACCGGUCGGAUGAAGCACCUCACGAGCAUUCUACUAUUCGGCAUUGCCAUCUAUGCUGCCGUGUAUGGAAUCUCUUACGCCUACACAUUACACCACCUGGUCAACCUGGUCGUGUUUUGGCUGGUCAUCCUUCACUCCACCUCGGACUCUUGGCCAAUAUCCGGGUUAAAACAUUUGUACGAAGGAGACGCCGAGGACCGCAAGGGCGGUAAAGAGCCAUGAACAAAAUCUCCGAUUAGACACCUUUGGAAUAGACUAUCCCAAAAAUUACCUGGACAUUCACCAACCUAUUCACCUUUUUGAUACCCAAUCCGAAUGGUUCCGAAUAUCACCAGACCACGAUUGUACAUGCCUCUUUGCCCGCACUGCCGGCCUCUUUUGGCUGGCUCGCAUACUUUCUGUUCUUUUCAUUCUCUACGACACACGAUUUUACGAGGGUGGAUUCCCGUCUGCUUCGACUUUUAUAGCACCAUAACCAGGGAAAUGGCUUUGCUUGGAUACACCAGGGGUAUUACGGAUGGGAGGGAAGAUUGAUUUUUCUUCGCGCUCCCCUGUUUUUUCUUUUCGCUGUUCAGUUUACGUCUUGAUGGAUGGGGAUAACACAUGUGUUUUUUUUUUCUGGGUUCAUAAGGAGCGGCAAAUUUUUUUGGUAUUGGUCAAGGGUUGUCGUGGUUUGGGGAAACGGCAGCAUGGUAUAGGAUUGGGAAGGGGAGAAACCCCCGAGCCAGUUUUGGCCGCUGAUAAUGUUUAUGUUUCCUUUUUUUUUUCUGUUGUCUCUCGCUUCUCACUUUUUCGACGGGGGUGGUUUGGUCGUCAGACAGACAACACACCUUUGCUCGAUGCCCCUCGUUUCAGCUCAGCAACGCCAGCUCAUCACCACAGAUGGGCAGACCAAGGAGGAGGUAAUGGACGAUGACACCGGAGACAAUAAUGGUGUGUGUGUGAGUGUGCUCUCUGAUAGAAGAGACAGAUGAUCAGAAAGGUUGUCUGUUGGUGUGUGUGGUUUUGAUGCUUGUUAGAAUAGCGAGAUGAGAAAGAGCCAAGAAAGCGAGGGGGGGGAGUUGGAUUAUUACUAUAGCCGGGAUGGUGUAGAUAGAGGGGGAUGCGAGAGGUGGGUGGGAUGGUUUGUGUAUAUACCACUUGUAUUUAAUUAUGGAGGGGGAGUAGUGCAGACACAAUAUCUUGAGAGAGUUGUGUGAGGCAGAAGGGAAGAAUAUAUGAUCAAG